CUCCGGUAACAGAUGGCGGUGGUGGCGGGGUCCACAUCCAGCAUAAAUCUGACGGAGUGGAGGCAUUGAUGGGGGGGUCCGGAGCAACUACCAGAGUUGGUUGUAUAUUGGGGAAUCUGGACAAGGCAUAUUCAAUCUGACCUCAUUGAGAGUUUCUUGCCUGCAGUCUUGGAUUUUUCUCUUUUUACCUUGGUUUUCUACUGGAGGCCGCAGAAACCUCGGGCUAGAUUUGGCUACAGACCGACCCGAGUGCAAGGAGAAAUCUGUGGGAUUGUUUGGAAACUCUCAUGAAAUGUAUUUGCCAGAAUUUGGCGGUUUGAAGUCGUAACGUGUUCAUUUUGUAGACUCAACUGUGUUUACACGAUAGCAAAAAGUGGAAUUAAUGUGGAAUAGGAAAAAAGUUAAGGAGACAAGCUAACUACUUAGCUAGCUUGCUAUAAUGCUAGUUAGCUACCCAGUAGCGAAACUCUAGCAUGUUGAAUGAAUGAAUUGGCGACUGCCUGCAUUUAACUAACAACCGCUUGUUAUUACAAGAACACGUCGAAUAUUGCAUAAAACGACGUUGAUUUUCUACAACAGGGCGAGCCUGCUAACUUCUGACUGUUACACUGCAUACCCACAAAUGAACAGGAAUGCGAUUCCUGGGAGUUGGUGGACAGCGGCGAUUUAGCACGCAAAGAUAGUGUUGUGCUAAUACUGACUAUAGCCUGGUGAUGUUUAUGAGGCUGGGGGAAGCUAACUUUAGCUAGCUACAAAUAUUUGCACUGCUUGGGACUUGGCUGCAAUAGUGUGAAGCUUACACCCGGUUCGGGAAUGGGGAAUACGGUGUCGUGCUGCGUCUCUCCCGAGUCGAGCCCCAAACUACCGUCGAGACAACCGGCAGAGCGGCUGGAGGAGUUCCAGACCAGCACCGAAGUGAGCGAUGAUAACACCGUGCCCUACCUGCAGCAUAUAAGCGACAGAGAGGUCCCUGAUGAGCUGGCCUUGGAGUCUAACCCGUCGGACCACGCCCGAGCGAGCACCAUCUUCCUUAGCAAGUCCCAAACAGACGUACGAGACAAGAGGAAAAGCAACCACAUAAAUCAUAUCAGUCAUGUAUCUCCUGGUCCACUGUCAAAGAAAUACAGCUCCUGUUCCACAAUCUUCAUAGAUGACAACACCGUCAGCCAGCCAAACCUCAAAAGCACAAUCAAAUGUGUCACAUUAGCAAUAUACUACCACAUCAAAAACAGGGACUCAGACAGGUCACUGGACAUCUUUAAUGAGAAGUUGCACCCCUUAUCAAGAGAGCCAGUGCCAGAUGACUACUCCCGUGUAGACCCAGAACACAAACUGAUCUACCGCUUCGUCAGAACGCUCUUCAGCGCUGCACAGCUCACUGCAGAAUGUGCCAUUGUCACUCUAGUGUAUUUGGAGCGCCUGCUGACCUACGCUGAGCUGGAUAUCUGCCCAGCCAACUGGAAGCGCAUCGUCCUGGGAGCCAUCUUGUUGGCUUCAAAAGUCUGGGAUGACCAGGCUGUGUGGAAUGUCGACUACUGCCAGAUCCUGAAAGACAUCACGGUGGAGGACAUGAAUGAGAUGGAGCGCCACUUCCUGGAACUUCUCCAGUUUAAUAUCAACGUGCCAGCCAGUGUCUAUGCCAAGUACUACUUUGAUCUGCGGCAGCUGGCUGAUGACAACAACCUCAACUUCCCUCUGGAGCCUCUCAACAACCAGCGUGCCCAGAAACUAGAGGCCAUUUCAAGACUAUGUGAGGACAAGUACAAGGACCUGAGUCGAGCAGCAGUGAGACGAUCCUUCAGCGCAGACAACCUGAUAGGUAUACGACACUCCAAUGCUGUGCUGUCAUAGGUCGGACUGCUGCCCUCUGAUUUCCAAAGCUCAGCUGACCCACAGCCAGCUGCGGACAAACAUAGCCACCUCACAGGGUCAACACAGCCACAUCAGGCAGGAUUCAGCCUUGAAAUGCUACUGUUUGACCUGCCCAAACAAUAAAUUACAUUACAGCUGUAGAGCCACGUGAUUGUCAAAUUAAACUUGAAAUUGAGGUGUUACCCUAAAACAUAACCACACAACUAUUGUUUUUACAAAUUCCUUAUUUAUUUCUUACCUGUCCCUUAUUUCCAGGAGAAAAUGUUAAGUAGUAAUAGCGCUACUGCAGUCUGUCUUUGGAUUGUCGUAAAAAUUAGAAUUAUUCCAUGCAGCCGUAAAGAGGCCAUAUUAUGUUAAUUUUCAGGUUCAUACUUUUAUUUGUGGGUCCUACUAGAAUAAUUUUACAUGCUUUUAAUUUUCAAAUUUUUUAAAUCUUUCUCAUACUGUACAUUGCUGCAGUACCUCUAUUCACUGCUCGCUCUGUUUUAGCUCCCUAAAAAUCCCAGUCUUCUCUGAUUGGUCAGCCAGCCCACACUGUUUUCAGUCGCAAGAUGGUUGCUAGGUAGGCAUUAUGUGAACGUGUGACAUAGAUGAGUAAAAGAAGAAAAGGCUGAAAUACAAACGAGGCGAUUCAGUCAGGUUAGGAGCAGUGUUUUCUGUGGGAGACAGUAACUCCCUAAGGUGUGGACUUUAGGCUUUGUAAUUUUGCAGACCUUUUACAUACACAAAAAGCUAUAUAACAAACUAAAGGGAAGGGAAAACCCCAAAGCAUAAUAUGGCCUCUUUAAAGGAUCAGGCUGGUGUUGUUCUAUAUUUUAGUUGUUGUCACCAAAUCCCAUGAAAAGACCAAAACCAACAAUACGUCUGUCUCUUUGUACUUUUGACUUCCCACCCUGUCUGUGGCUCUCAGCCUAAAGGCCAUUGGUUUAUACUGACAUACAUAUUUAAUAUGGGUCACAAAUGUAUAAUUUAAUUCUUAAAAAGGCUCAGUAAUUUCCUAAAACAGCUGCCACUGUAGUUUUUACUAAACGCCACUCAAACAGGAGUAGAUAGUGCAUUUGUUGGGGACUAUUUUUAGUGAUGGAUUAAUACACAUUUGAUGCUCCUAGUGAGUAUUUACAGCAGCAGGACGGUGUAUGUGGGAUUGACUCAAAAUAAACAGUGUACAGUACACUACUACUGCAGUGUGUAUGUGUUCAUAGUAAUGAAGGAACAUGUCACCCAGUGCAACAGUCUGGCUCAUUGAUGUGUUUUAAAUCACUUUUGGACAAAAGUGGAGCUCUAUGGCACAGAGGAAUAAGACUUUUCAUGGGAUUUGUUGACAGUAAGAAAAUAUAGAAUAUCACCAGACAUAACCUUUUAAUAGGCACAUCACUUCGAAUGCAAAAGCUGUUCCUUUGUAAAUUAGUUAAUACCAAAAGUUACUUUUGAGAGUGUAAAAAAAGAGACUUGUUUACUGUUAAUUCCAGUGGUGUUGGAUUGUAUUUCAGUAAAUUAUCUACACAUUUGAAUUUGCAUACAGCAUGUCAAAGCUGACUAAGUAUUUAACUAUAAAUAAGCAAACAUUCAGUCAGCUGUUGUCUGUUGUACUGUGUCUGGGAAUCAGGAGUGCCAAUCUGGGGUCAGUUUCACUUUUCAGAUACACUUCAGGUGGUCAAAAAGGAGUGAUUUAUAGAUUCUGGAUCAGUACCGCUACUGAGUGGCUCGAUAUAGCAGUUAGGUUGACAUGACAAAAUGCAGGUUGGGUCCGCACUGUCCAGUAUUAUUCCCCUCAAAUCCUGCCAUCCUGACCCCGCCUCAAAGAGCCCCGUCAACUGAUUACCAAACCCAUGCUUGUCCCAGGCCCCGACCUGAGCUUUCGAACAAACUACAUAGAUAUUGAGGGGGGAAAAGAGACUGAUGGAUACUCCCCUCCUUUUUGCUUACUAUGUAGGCUACUAGCUGUGAAAUGUGUCUUGUUUUUAAUUGAAAAAAAAAAACAUUUGCAGAUGGAGUAUUUUAAAUAAACACUAAUCAUGUAACAAAGAUAUGUUGUGUUAAUUGCAAAUUGUGUUGUAUGUAUGAUCUGUGACCUUAAGGUGAUCAAUAUGUGUUGUUGUGAGUGUUCAACUAGCUGUGCUAUAGUAGCACAGAGCUGAUUUAACCAGUACAACCAGUCUAAAACCAGUCCCAGUUGCAGGGUUUCUUGUGGUGUGUUGUAGCGGCAGUGGGACACCUUGCCUGAAUCGAAGACCGCCUCCACCGACAUCAUAAAAAAGUGAAAAUACUUUUAUGAAAUACAACAUUAACCUUUAGCAGAGGUGCUAUUUCAUACAGACAAAGCCAUUAUAUUUAGUGUGGCAACUGUUUAGGCCAUUGUCUUCUAACUAAAUGAUUAUAAGACUAGGAUCAGGGUCACUUACCACAUCGGCUAAACAACUUCCUGGAUGACUUAGUAAGUGUUACCCUUUUUAUUAUUUCAAAAUGGUACUUUUGAUACAAACCACCAAUCAGAAUGUGAAGGAAACAGAGAAUCACACACUCUGUUGGUCACUUAUUAACAAUGCUUUGGUCCUUAGACCUUCAGGUAACUUAGUCAGACAGCUUCUGAUACUAUAUAUACAGCAUAUCAACAGUAUGGUGCCAGUGCUGAUAAGUAAAGUAAGUACAAGUGACUGGCCAGUGUGGAAAUUCUUAAGUUUCUUAUCUGUCAAUGUUUUUGAUCCUACACACCUAUUAUGAUGUGAAAGAAAACUGUAACAGAAUGUGACAUGUAAUUUUUAGGUGUAGCUACAUGUUUGCUUCCUGCGCCAGUGGUUUCAUACUCCCUUUGUUUUGUUUUUUUUUAUUUAAUGACAUUACAGUAUGGGUUUACCUUG